UGGAUUACUAGUGUGAACUCCGACCACUCACUAAUACGGGUUCGUGUAUGUUUGCGCCUUACUGACCUCAGGAAACGGGAGACAGUGAAGCCCAUUUAUUCUCGAUUGAUAGAUUAGGACGCCAAGUACUCAUUCAGAGGAGUUAGCUAAGCAUUUAUCUGAACGCGACAGCAAUGCUCAUCGUGAGGAAACCUUGCGUGAUACUAAUUCUGCUGUAGGAAAUGCAGUAACGGCAAUUGAUAACCUAUACAUGGAGGUUAACGACCGUCAUUGGAUUUCUGCGAUGUCAUCCAAACUGAUUACUACAAGAGGACUGAUUCCAGCUGGCUCUGAUCACGAUGAAGAGCAAAAGCAACUUAAACGUAAGUUGAACGAGAGCCUUUGCGUCGAUCACGAGUAGUAAUGGGUGACAAAAGUGAGAAGGAGAAGGCACCAGCGUCGGGUAACACUCGGCAACUAUUUAGGCUAAUUAAGGACACUAGGAAGAAGACAAUGGUGAGUGAAACUAUCACCAAAAAGGGUGGGACGCUGAUACCCUCUAAAGACAGGAGACUAGAACCUUUGGCAGAAUACUUUCCAGCACAGUUCAACUGGCCCACAGCAAUGCUUCAGUUGCCCAACAUACAGCCUGAACCUAGUUGGGAGGUAGACUUCGAUCCUCUAACUCUCCCUGAAGUUAAGAAGGUUGUAUCGAACCUGAAACGAUGCUAAGAAGCAGGACCCGACAGUUUGC